AUGGUGGAGGAAACAAUGGUGGUGAUCGUCGGAGCUGGCCCAUCUGGGCUUGCAACCUCUGCAUGCUUAAGCCAGAGUGAAAUUCCUAAUGUGAUACUAGAGAGGGAAGAUUGUUAUGCUUCUCUUUGGAAGAAACGAGCGUAUGAUCGCUUGAAUCUUCAUUUGGCAAAAGAUUUUUGUCACCUCCCUUUGAUGUCAAUCUCACCUAAAAACCCUACCUACUUAUCCAAAAAAGAGUUUAUCAAGUACUUAGAUGAAUAUGUUACUAAAUUCAAAAUCAAAUCUCGUUUUUAUCAGUCAGUUGAGUCUGCUGUUUACGAUGAAGUUGAGAAGAGGUGGAGAAUCGAAUCCAAGGAUACCGUUUCGGGAGAGGUGAAGGUUUUCAUUGCCAAAUUCUUGGUUGUUGCUUCUGGAGAGAAUAAUGAAGGUUAUAUCCCUAAUGUUCUGGGAUUAGAGAGCUUUCAGGGGGAGGUUUUACACUCUAAUGUGUACAAAUCUGGCUUGGCAUAUCGCGAUCAAAAUGUUCUUGUAGUUGGGAGUGGGAAUUCGGGAAUGGAGAUCGCUUAUGAUCUGUCAAACUAUGGAGCACUCACUUCCAUCGUUGUUAGGAGCUCGUUUCAUGUGCUGACCAAGGAAAUGGUACGCAUAGGAAUGUUACUCUUGAUGAAAAAAUUUCCAGUUUGGUUGGUAGACUUUAUCGUCAAAUCCUUAGCAUUUUAUGUAUAUGGUGAUCUAACAAAGUCUGGAAUUCGUCGUCCCAAGAGCGGCCCUUUCUUCCUCAAGGCCACCACCGGACGUUCCGCGGUCAUCGAUGUCGGAACUGUCAAGAAAAUCAAAGACGGUGGCAUAAAGGUUGUGCCAGCAAUAACAAGGGUUAAUGAAAAGUCUGUUGUGUUUGAGAAUGGGAUUGAAAAACAGUUUGAUGCAAUAGUUUUUGCAACUGGUUACAGAAGUUUAGCCAAUACUUGGCUGAAGGAUUACAAAUAUGGUCUUAAUGCAAAUGGAAUGCCUAAGAACAGUUUUCCAAAUCAUUGGAAAGGAGAGAACAACCUGUAUGUUGCCGGAUUAUCAAGGAGAGGUUUGGAAGGAGUCAGCAAGGAUGCUAUCGCGAUUGCCGAGGAUGUGAACGAAACGCGACGUUUUGAUGUCGCAGGGACCGUCGUCGCACUCUGA